AUGAGGAGUUUCAGGGGCAUAAGUAUGCCGUCGGUGCGCCUCGUCACUUCGUAUAUAUUCGACUGGGUCGUCAUCAUCGCGAUAGCAGCAGUGGGUGCUGGCUGGGAAUUCGUCGAUCCCUUCAAUCGCCCUUUCUCGCCAGUCGAUCUCUCCAUCUCCUACCCUUACCAAGAGUCUGAAAUGAUACCGACAUGGCUCCUCGCCGUCGUCGCCCUCAUUGCGCCCGCCGCCAUCAUCUUCCUCGUCUGUCUCCUGCUCGUCCCUGGCCCGACGGCUGAGCGCGGAACACCCAUGUCGCUCAUCUGGAGGCGCAAACUGUGGGAGUGGAACACGGGCUGGAUGGGUCUCGCCCUUUCGCUCGCAACCGCCUUCAUGAUCACCCAGGGCAUGAAGAAUCUCUUUGGCAAGCCCCGUCCAGAUCUGCUGUCUCGCUGCGAACCAGAUCUCCAACGCCUCCAGGAGUUUGCCAUUGGAGGCAUUGUUGGAGACUCGUUGAAUCCAAAUUGGGUGCUCGUCACGUCGAAGAUUUGUACCACGGACGAUGCCGAUAAACUCAAAGACGGCUUCAAAUCGUUUCCUAGUGGUCAUGCUAGCUUUUCCUGGGCAGGCCUCCUCUACUUGACCCUCUUCCUCGCCUCCAAAUUCUCCGUCGCAAUCCCCCACCUCUCUCCACGCCCGUACUCCCAAAACCCAGCCUACACCUCGGCCGUCGCCCCCUCGAAUCUCAGGAAACAAACCCUCUCCUUCAACAAGCACGACUCCUACCCCACCGAAGAAGCCGUCGUCCCCAUGCGCUACCAAAACGCGGCACCACCCGUCUGGACCAUCGUCCUCGUCCUCGUCCCCGUCGCCGCCGCCAUUUACAUCUCCAGCACGCGCUUCACAGACUUCCGCCACUUUGGCUUCGACCUCUUGUUCGGUAGCCUCAUCGGCAUCACCUGUGCGUGGUUCAGCUUCCGCCUCUACCACCUACCCGUCACGCGCGGUGCGGGCUGGGCGUGGGGCCCCAGGAGCUAUGAGCGUGCCUGGGGUAUUGGUGUCGGUCGCGGCUCCUACGUUGGCCCCGAGGGCUGGAGCAAGAAGGAUAGGCCGGAUGCGAGGGCCGGCGCCGCGAAUGGGGUUACGGAGAGUGAGCAUGAGCUUGUGGAUGGAUCGGAGUUUAUGGGUCAUCAUCAGCAGCAGUAUCAGAUGAAUGGGGCGGGCAGUGCUCAGAGGAGGGUGGAUGUGCCGCAUCUCGGGCCGGGACAGGCGGUUUAG